CAAAUGACAAUCCCAAGAACAGGUUUCAAGAAAUGGGAGUUUCCAUUCGGAUCUUCAUUUUGUUAAUCUUUAUUGGAUUAGCAUUCCUCAUAAUCGAAUUAGUAUUUUACAAAAUGGAUGGACAUCCUUUCCUUCCUUAUAAAAGCUGUAAUUUAGCCAACCACACGGAGUGGAGAAUUUUGUGGUACAACAUCCCGUCCUAUUUAGAAAGUGCCUUCAAUUAUACAAAAUUAAAAAUGAGUGAUAAACAUCCAAAUUGGAUCUUUACACAUAAUAUAACAGAUUUAUCUAAGAGUGAUAUAGUAAUUUUUUCACAUAACACUAUGGAUGAGAUUCAACCAAAUAAAUCAAAGUGUCAAAUUUGGAUUUUGAACACAAUGGAAACGGAUAUGUUCAUGAAGAAAUACUACAAGAAAUGGAAUAAUAAUCUAGAUUGGUUGAUGUCUUAUCGCAGAGAUUCAGACAUAUAUCGACCUUAUGGACUACUUAAGAAACGGACCUCCCUUUUGGUGAAGAAUUACACGGAGAUAUUUCAGAAGAAGAAAUAUUUUGGUGUGUGGAUGUCAGGGCAUUGUCCAGUACCGUCUCGUCGUAAAGAUUACAUACUUGAUUUAAAGAAAUAUAUACAGGUCGAUAUGUUCGGUUCUUGCGGAAGUGCUGUUUGUCUUACUCGAAGUGCAGGACUAAACGAAUGCUUGCGAAAUUUUUCUCGUGACUAUAAAUUUUAUUUUGCCUUUGAAAAUAACAUUUGUAAAGACUACACGACAGAAAAAUUAUUUAAUGUAUUUUUGGGUAAUUUAGAUGUUAUUCCUGUAAUUAAUGGACCAAAAAAUGCAGUGGAAUACAUACCUAACGGAACAUUUAUAAAUGCAUUAGAUUUCCCUUCACCCAGGGCUCUUGCGGAUAAACUGAUAGAAAUUGGCUCAAACGAGACUCUUUUUACGCAUUAUCUUCGAGAAAAAGACAAAUACAUAGAAGUUGGUUUAAAUGAAAUAUUUCUACAAUCAAUGUUACUGAUAUUUGACAAAAUUAAUGAUUCAAAUGGAAGAAUUAUACGCCGCAAAGAAAGUAUGGAAGAGCACUUCUUUCAGAGAGAAGGAUGCUAAUA